CGACCCCUCCCUCCCCAAAGCUUCUUGGACGUACGUGUGUACCGUUCCCGAGUCCCCGCCGUGACGCCGACACUACCGCCCCUCCAUCCGUACUUCGGCUUGCUUCGACCUUUCCUUGUCCCAAUGCUGCCCCUGCGGAUUCCAACGACAUCUAUAACACGCUCCUCGCGCACCCUCCUUCGAUCGAUUGCACUUCAGCCUACAAUCAAGAGAACCAUCUGCUCUUGUCCUCGACCCCAGCCUACCACGCCCACACCGAAUACAAAUCCCUCUCGUCCAGUGUCCAAGAUGACUCAACCACCUCAGGAAGUGAUUGACUACCUCAAGCAAUCCCACGACAAGAUUUUCGACAACAACCGCAAAUGGGCCGAGAGCAAGCAGACUCAAGACCCCGGCUACUUUGCGCGCCUCUCCGAGGGCCAGACACCCGAGUAUCUCUGGAUCGGCUGCAGUGAUUCGCGCAUCCCUGCCGAGCAGAUCACUGGCCUCGAGCCUGGCGAGACCUUUGUCCACCGCAACAUUGCCAACCUCGUUGUCAACACCGACCUCAAUGUUAUGAGCGUCAUCAACUACGCCGUCCGCCACCUGGGCGUCAAGCACAUUGUCGUCUGCGGCCACUAUGGCUGCGGCGGUGUCAAGGCUGCCAUGACACCCAAGGACCUGGGCUUGCUCAACCCCUGGUUGCGUAACAUUCGCGACGUCUACCGCCUGCACGAGGACGAGCUCGACGCUAUCGAGGACGAGACGGCCAAGAACAACAGGCUGGUGGAGCUCAACGUGGUGGAGCAGUGCCGCAACAUCAUCAAGACAGCAGCGGUCCAGCAGAGCUAUGCGGCAAACGGGUUCCCCAUCGUCCACGGCUGGGUGUUUGAUUUCUCGACGGGCUUGCUGAAGGAUCUCCACAUUGACUUUGAGUCCAUCUUGGCUAAGAUCCAGAAGAUCUACAACCUCACCGAGUAGCGUGUUUUAUGGAGAGUGGCAU